AUGGAAGCGGAAUACAAUCGCAUCGGCGACCUCAUCCGCCACCAAGCGAGCAAUCACAAUCGAAAACGAUACCUGGUAGCUAUUUCUGGAGUCCCCGGAUCAGGAAAAACAACCACAGCUGCUGCAGUGGCACAGCGUCUCAACUCGGGCGUUCCUCCCACACGAACCUCCCUCCUCUCCAUGGACGGCUGGCAUCUGUCGCGGGCGACACUGGACCAGCUCCCGAAUAGAGAAGAAGCCUACAUUCGUCGCGGGGCACCAUGGACGUUUGACGUUGCGCGCUUCGUUGCAUUUGUGCGACGACUCCGGCAAUGGGCAGACUCCGAGCCGUCAGAUUCGACCGACCGACCUGGCUCUGACGUCAUUUAUGCACCGUCGUUUGACCACGAAACGAAAGAUCCAGUGGAAAACGGCAUUACUAUUCGCGAUGAUGCGUCUAUUAUCAUCAUAGAGGGGAACUACUUGCUCCUAGAUGAACCCGACUGGCGCGAGGUCGCUAGGCUGGUGGAUUAUCGCAUAUUUGUGGACACGGAUUUACAAGAGGCUAGGGAACGGGUAGCUAAACGGCAUGUGAAAGCGGGAAUAGAGAAGACUCUAGAGGAUGGGUUUCGACGAGUCGACAGUAAUGAUUACUUGAAUGCGCUUAUGAUCCAGGAGAGGCUGAUAUGUCCGGAUUUGACGAUACGAAGUAUUCCAGAAGUAUCUGGCUUCUAG